AUGGAAGGAAAUUUUACCCACGUUGAGAUCUUCAUCCUUCUUGGCUUCUCCCACGUCCCUCAAGUUCGCCUCUUCCUAAUUCCUACCUUCACCCUCAUGUAUGCCUGCACAAUCCUGGGGAACAGCCUCAUCAUUCUUCUCAUCAGAGAGGACCAUCGGCUUCACACCCCCAUGUAUUUUUUCUUGGCCAACCUCUCCAUGAUGGACUUGUUGUUUACGACCGUUACGGUCCCUAAAAUGAUUGGAGACCUUAUUUCCAGGGAAGGAAUGAUAUCGUUCCGUAGCUGCAUUGCUCAACUCUUUUUAAUAAUAGCAGUUGGGGCGUCUGAAUCCCCCCUUCUCUCCGUCAUGGCUGUUGACCGUUACGUUGCCAUAUGUGAUCCACUUCAUUAUAAAACCAUAAUGAGCAAUAAGCUGUGCUUUAGGCUGGCCAGUGGGUCGUGGCUGUUGGGGAGCUUCUAUUCUCUGAUACACACCUUACUCACAAACAGCAUCGACUUUUGUGGCCCCAAUCAGCUCAGUCAUUUCUUUUGCGACGUUGUCCCUCUUUUCCAGCUUGCGUGUUCGGAUAUACUUCUAAAUGUGGCUUUAGUGUAUGUAUCCGCUUUCUUUAAUGGUAUAUGCAACUGCUCCGUUAUUCUCGGCUCCUACGUUAGUAUCAUAACCGCCAUAAUGAGAAUCAGGUCUCAGGAGGGAAGAGGGAAAGCAUUUUCGACCUGCGCUUCGCACCUACUGGUGGUCAUUGUGUAUUACACCACACUCACGGCUAAUUAUUUGCAGCCAAUGAGCAGCAAUUCGGGGUCCAAAGACAGAACAGGUGCUGUGAUCUAUACUGUGGUCACCCCGGUACUAAAUCCCAUAAUAUACAGUAUGAGAAAUAAUGAUGUAAAGAAGGCAGUGAAGUAUUUCUUCCUGAAUGGUGUUUAG